AUGGAGUUUAAUAAUCUCUUCACUUCUCUAUUGAUUAGAAUAAAUAAAUUUCAAGAUGAAAAUAAUUACUUUGUUUAUAGUUUUAGUUAUUUUUCAGUUAUAUCUAAUCUUCACUUAUCUUUAUUGAAUAAAGAAAGAGCUAAACUAAAGUUAGGACUAUUGACCUACUCCAAUUGUCUAAUGGAAGCUGCUCAAGAUCAAUCUUCAUAUAUGUUAUCUAAAAAAAAUUUAACAUAUAGUAAUCCACAUGGUGAUUUAUUUUCAAUUGCUCGUUUUUAUGGACAAAAAAAAGUAAAUAAUGUAUAUGAAAAUAUAGGAUAUGCUUAUGAAGAUGACAAAGAUAUCAUUGAAGAAUUUAUGAAAGGUCCCCAAAAAGAAAAUAUACUCAAUAAAAAGGUUACUCAAGUUGGAGUUGGCGUAGCACAAACCAAGAAUGGACCACUCUAUUGGACACAGUUUUUUACUGACGGGACAUGCUCCAAGUAUAAUUAUAUUGCUUAA